AUGUGGACGUCCACCAAGCUCAUGGGCGAUUGGCCCGUGAAGGAACUGUGCCCCUACGUGGCCCUCUCUUCCGACGCCUCGACGGCGUACAUUCACCAGGAACGAGCCAUAUUCGCACUCUCUGUCGACGACAGCCAGUGGCGACGCUUGCCAUUGCCCAAGUCGAUCAGCGACGCGCCCUACCAGAGCAUCGAGGGGCUGUUCAUGUACGACCAGCUGCUGCACGUGCUAAUCGAAAAGCGAGAGGGCAAGACGGCCUUGCAAAUCUACGACCCCGCCACGGGAAAGUGGGACGGUCCCAUCACCAUCAAGAAGAAGAUGUGGUGCACCAGCCUUACGCGAUGCGGAAGCAAGGUGUACAGCGUUGAUUCGUGGGACGGGGCAGUCAAUGUGCUCGAUCUAGCGGCCAAGAAUGCGUACAAGUGGCAAACGCUGACGAAGGAGGAGAACGAGCUCCUUAAGAACCUGGGCUCCUUUUCGCUGACCGCCUACCGCCAGCGCCUCUAUCUCUUCGGCGGAAAGAAGGGCGCGACCGAGGGUUCCAACGAUCUCUACUGUUUUGACCUGAAAAAGCAGCUCUGGUCCAAGGUGCCGGUGAAGGGCGACGUGCCUCCGCCACGAUGGGGUCAUUCGGCGGCGUUGGUGGGCGGCAGCUUCUACAUCUUUGGAGGCAUCAACUCGAUGGCCAACCUCAACGACAUCUACCAGUUCGAUAUCAGGAGGAGGCGGUGGCGGGCCGUGGACGCGCUGUGUCCGCCGCCCAACGGCAAAUGCAGCAGCGCCGCCUGGAUCAGCGAUGACACGUUGUACAGGGUCGCCAUCAAGACGCACCCGCACAACGACGUGCUCUACGCGCUCGACCUCGAGACGGACGAUGGAAGCGACGACGAGGAGCUCAUCGAGGCCCUGCAGAAGACGGUCAAGCAGAUGCAGAAGGGGCUGAAGAAGGAGGCCAAGAAGAUGAAGGACGACAUGCAGAAGAUGCGCGACGACAUCAACAAGAAGCACGCCAAGGACAUCAAGAAGCUGAAGAAGCAGAUCGCGGCCCACGAUCGCGGGCGAGUGCUCGCCGAGGAGGAGAUCGUCGAGAAGAUCCACAAGCAGCUCGAGGAGGAGGCCAUCCGCAAGGAGCACCAGCGCGAAGACGCCCAGUCGAUGAUCAUCACGUCGACCGUCGACGACGAAGACGAACAUCUGCGAUCGGGCGGCAGCUGCGUCGGCACCAGGAUGGGAGGCGAACGCGAGGAGAUACUGAAGGAGGUGGACGAGCUGCUCAGCGAGGAGCUGGAGGAGGUGCGACGAGAGCUGCGCGAGGAGUUCGACGAGACCCGAGGCCAGCUGAUGGAGGCCAUCGAGUCUCUCCAGACGAACGUCGGCGACAGCCAGAAGAAGCAGGAAAAGAGCGAAAGCGAAGCGAAAGAGAAGGAAAAGAGCGAAGAAGAGAUGACGGAGAUGAAAGUCUUGCUCGAGGCGCUCAAGGACGAAGUCGCACGACUCAAGGGCGAAGUCGCCCAGUUGCGGACUGAGAAGGCCGCCAACGCGGUUCGCACCCCGCAGCGCGAAGCGAGUGUGGCCACACAGCCGCCCGAACCCGUGGCCGCCAGCCUUCGAAGUGACAUCGAUUUGGUGCGCGUGAUGAGCCUGCUGGGCAUCUCGCCGACCCAGACCGUGCUCGACCAGCGGGAGAUCGAUUGGAAGAACGCCAAGCUCAUCGGCAAUGGAGCGUUCGGGCACACCAAGGUGUUCCAGACGCGGUGGCGCGGGAUCGAAUGCGCGGUGAAGCGGGUCAAGAAGGACUCCCUCAGCCUGGCUGACCUCCGGGCCAUCCAAACCGAGAUUGACACCGUCAGCAAGGCGGCGGGGCUGCACCCGCACGUGGCCUAUGUCUAUGGCACAUGUGACCCGCCCGAGGGCGGCAUCGGUAUCGUCAUGGAGUUGGCGCACUAUGGAAGCGUUCGCGACCUGCUGGUGCGACACACCCGGUUGCCCAUGGCGCUGCUCCUCUCUUUCGCUAUCGACGCCGCCGAGGGCCUGCAGUUCCUGCACGCCCACCACAUUCCGCACAAGAACAUUGCCGCUGCGAGCGUGAUGGUCUCUCACGGAAUGCGGGGAAUGCUCUCCGACUUCGGCCUGACCAGGGUCAACGCGCACACGCGGUGGAUGGCACCCGAGGUGAUGCCCGUCAAUGUGGUCAGCCCUCUGCCAGAGGCCGACGUGUGGGCAUUCGGCGUCUUCCUAUGGGAGAUCUGCACGGGCCAGCUGCUGCGCCCGUGGCAGGGCUCCAACGACGCGCAGGUCCUCACCGCCGUCCGCAACCAGGGCAAGUGCCUGGUCGUGCCCGACGAGAGCCACGCGACCCUCAAAAACAUCAUCCAAUGCUGCUGGCGAAGAGACCCCUCACAAAGGCCCUCGCCCGAGGAGUUGGUGGAUUCGCUGCGCAGGCUGCGCCAGAAGACCGACGGUGAAGGUUCGCUGACGACCAGGAUCGAACCGCUGAUCCAGCCGCUCGCGGCGACGGCGAGCGAGAGGCCGGGCGCAGGCUUCGGGUCUUCGCCCUUCGCUUCGCUGGGCUCGCAGGGCUCGUCGACCACCUCGCCCGCGUCGGCCUCGUCGUCGGACGCCUACACGGCCAACCAGUCGGCGUGGAUCACCUCGCGGCUCAAGCAGGAGUGGCGCAAGUCCAGCCCGGUCCCUCACAGCCCGCGGGCUCACGUUCUCGACGUCAGCGGCGGCGGCGGCGGCGGCGGCGGCGCUGACUCGUCGUCGACAUUGUCUGGGUCGCCAUCGCUUAGGGGGUCGACAACGACGACUACGACGACGCACGGCGAGGCCAUCAACGCCAUCAAUCGGUCGGUGGCGGCUGCGGACACGUCAUCAUCGGUCGACAAGAAGUCGCAGCUGGGCCGCUCGCGAGUCGACGCCAGCGCCGGCAAGACCCGGAAGCCGCAGCAGACCAGCGACGAGCCGGCGGCUUCGACUUCGGUGGCUACCACGGCGGCGGCGGCAGCCAACAAUCGAACCACCCUGGCUGGCGGCAGCAGCCGGGGCAGCUCGCCGUCGCUGUCGUCGUCGUCAGGCUCGCCCGUCUACGUGCCCUCGUUCCCCUCGCUCAGCUCCAGUAGCCGCAACCGAUCGCGGUCCAGCUCGCUGUCGUCGCACUCGUCGGCGUCGCCGCCCGCGCCUCCUCCGGCUGUCGUCGACGACGCGCCGGCCACGGCGGCGCCCACCUGGCAUCAGCCGUCGCCGCUCACACUGUCGCUCCGAUCGUCGGACGCCGGGCUCGACUCGAGCUCAUCAUCGCACACAUCGUCGGACUCAUCGCCGCCUCCGGCCCGCCGCAACAAUGCGGCCUACUCACCUCUGCCUUCGUUCUCCACUUUCUCUUCGCUUCAUUCUUCGACCGACGGCGAAGAUGGAGGCGGGAGCGGUGUCGGCGGGAGUCGCGGGCCGCGCAGCGCGCUUUCGCUGUCGGUCACGUCGCUCAACUCGUCGGCGAGUUCGCUGCAGGACGAGCCGCCGUCGCCUCCCCACUCGCCCGCCGCUUCGCGCAGGCCCCUCUUCUCACCUCUCCCCACCCGCCUCUUUGAGUAG